CACACACCGAGCGCGGCGUUUCCACCUCCAGCCUCCUUCAUCCCACUUGCAGAACUUCUCUUCUGUCUGCUGACAACUUUGCUUCGUCGCCUUUGUUCGUCUUUAUCCAUUUUCCGUCAGCUUCUUUCGUGACCCGUUCGUUUCCCCGCUGAUCGACUGCUGUCGUUGUUUCGCUGGGGUGUUCCAAGCCCGUCCAUCUACCCAUCGCGCCUCCAGGCCCUGUAUCACUAGUCGCAAUUAUCUAUCGCUUUGCCUUAUCUGAGCUUCCGAGGGUUCGUUCACGCAACCCCUCUACCGAGCAGGCUCCGGCCAUCUCCGCAGCCUUUCCUCCGAGGACGAAGCUGUAAGGCUCGGAGCUUUGUACCCUCUCCGCGUCGUCUGGCCGAACUCGAGAUCGUAUCAGCUACAUUGCGAGCUACAAGCGACACGGUUUAGAGUACUCCAUCGGACAAUCCCAGCAACAUUCGGUAGCAAUGGCUGCCAAGAACCCCUUCGGGUUCACGACGGGCCCGGUCACCUUCUGGCUGAUUGUCGUCUACGCAGCUUUCCUCAUUCCCCUCGUCUGGAUUCACGAAUCCGUGCCGUCCGUUUCUAGCCACACUCCCUACACUGGCGUCAACGUAACCGAGGCCUGGCAGGACUUGACGCACAUCACCAAGAACUACCACCCGUACAACAGCCGUGCCAACGAUGAGUUGGGCGCAUACCUCUUGACCCGGAUCGAGGAGAUCUUGAAACGCAACAAAGUCGAAUACUCCAAGGAAACGGAUGCUGGCGGCAUCGUCUGGCCCCAAGACGUACAUGACACACCAGCUCUUCCACGCAAAGAUGCCGUUGAGCGUGCUUCAACUGGCCCUCUCGUGACCGUCUUCGACGACAUAAUCUCAAACGUCACCUACGCUGGCACCUCUGGCCCACUUGGUCAGCCUGGAUCUUCUACCCAUGCAACCUACUUUGAGGGCACGAACAAGCUUGUAUACAUCCGCGGCACAGAAGACGAGGAUGGUGAAUGGUGGAAGAACAAGCGUGAUUCUCGCAACAUUGGCCAGGGCGGCGUUCUCGUCAAUGCUCACUACGACUCAGUCUCCACCGGCUAUGGAGCCACUGACGACGGCAUGGGGUGUGUGAGCGUUCUUCAGAUGCUCAACUACUUCACUUCUCCUGGCCAGCAGCCCAAACGUGGAAUUGUGCUGUUGCUCAACAACGGCGAAGAGGAUGGCCUCUAUGGAGCCAGGGCCUACCACUACAGUCCUCUCUACUACUUCACCACCUCUUUCGUGAAUCUCGAGGGUGCAGGUGCGGGUGGUCGAGCCAUCCUGUUCCGGACCACUGAUUUGGAGGUGUCCAAGGCUUACGCACAUGCUCCUCAUCCAUUUGGGUCAGUUGUUGCUGCGGACGGAUUCAAGCUUAGAGCGAUUAAGAGCGAAACGGAUUACAAGGUGUGGGUCGAGAACUUUGGUCAGCGUGGCCUCGACAUUGCAUUCUACCGGCCCCGAGCGCGGUAUCAUACUAACCAAGACGACGCUCGGCAUGCCUCGCAAGACAGCCUUUGGCACAUGCUUUCCAACGGCUUGGCUGCUGUGGACUCUCUUCAAAAGACUUCCGGCUCCUUCACUGGUAAACGCAAUGAUGGAGACAAGAAGAAGGUUUCGAGCGGUUCCGGUACCGAGGGCGUGUGGUUCGAUAUGUUUGGAAAAGGAUUCGCGACUCUUGAGCUUCGUGGUCUCUUCGCGUGGACCUUGACCCUGCUCAUCGUGUCUCCCUUGAUUUUGGUCCUCAUCACCUACAUCCUGUCGAGACAGGACAAGUACUACUUCUUUUCGAGGAAGGUCAAGCUCGAUAUCGACGAGUCGGUUCCUCUUGGAGGCUGGAAGGGGUUCUUCCGUUUCCCCUUGGCUCUGCUUUUCUCGGGCGCGAUUACCGUUCUAUGUGCCCUUUUAGUUCGGAGACUCAACCCUGAGAUUGUUUCCAGCAGUCCCUACGCAGUCUGGGCAAUGACCUUGUCUGUGUUCUUUCUGGUUUUCUGGACAAUCUCGCGAGGCGCCAAUGCUGUCAGGCCGAGCGCUCUUCAACGAGGCUAUGCCCACAUUUGGCUCUUCAUCAUGAGCUGGGCUGUUCUCGUUGCUGUUACCACCGCAGCCGACAGGUUCCAAAUUGCUUCGGGAUAUCUCUUUGCAUUCUUCCAUUCGGCUGUCUUUGUGGCGACGCUCAUCACUCUCUGCGACCUUUUCGCGCUCCCAAGCAAGCAAGCCUACGCAGAGACGGCCCACGAUGAUCAGCAGUCCAGGGAUAACAUAUCAGAGGUUCCGAACUCUGACGCUUUGAUCUCUCCUAGCCCGCACGAGGAGGGCACCACAGAAGAGCCCACGGAAACAACGCCGCUUAGGAGUGGCGAAAAUGGCAGUGGAAACAAUGGCACAAUUCGGACAACAUUCGCAACAACCUAUCGACGCUCGCUGUCGGCCAUCAUGUCUAACCCAGACGACGAUGAGGAGAUUAAGGAAACAAAAGAGAAUCAGCCUUACGAAAGAGAACAACCGUGGUCAGCGAAGCUCCCAUCCUGGACCUGGUUCUUCCAACUCCUUCUGCUUGCCCCGAUUACCAUUAUCGUCUUCCUCCAAGUGGCUCUGUUCAUCACCUCAGCCAUGCAGUCCAUUGGUGCCGAUGGCGUGGAUCCUUUGCUGCUCUAUACCGCGAUCGCCGUCUUCAGUAUCAUGAUUUCUCUACCUCUUACCCCAUUCAUACACAGGACAAGCUCUUACGUGCCGCUGGCCUUGUUGUUCAUUUUCCUCAUCAGUCUGAUCUACAACUUGGUCGCCUUUCCGUUCUCCGCGGACAACCGCUACAAGGUCAAGUUCAUACAGCGCCUUGACCUGGAUCACGGGAACUCUUCGGUUUCGAUUCUCGGCAUGCAGAAGUACGCCCGCAAAAUGAUCAACGAGUUGCCAUCUGCAGCAGGUCGGGAAGUCAUCUGCACACCAUCUUCUGGCUCGCUGUCUGAUUGUCGGUUUGAUGGAUCUGCGGUAUUGCCCAGACUGCCAGAGCUUAAGAGCACCAUCUCUUCUGAGUUCUCGUUUUCGAAGGAUCCGUACGCACAACUUGUAACUGUUAACAUCACUUACUCGAACUCGACCAACGAGUAUGAGCUUUGCAUUGACGCCCCAGAGUCAAAGCAAUGCAUUCUCCAAUUCGACGACCCCAUGACGUUUAGCGUCCAGGAAAGCGCCGGUCUCGAUUCCCUCUUCAGUACGCCUACUGAAGGUGGAAUCAACGGCAUCACGCUCUGGCGGAGGGACUCGUCCAUCCCGUGGAUGGUGGACGUCAAGCCAGCCGCAAAACCCUCGCUGGCUAUAUCCACGGGUUCGGUUCCUUGGAAGUUUUCCAAGGAACACGAGGAACUUCGGAUUCGUCGGAUUCAAAAGCCUACGGAUUUCAGCGGAACAAUCUCAUGCUCUUGGAGUGAUGCUAACGUUCGCGGGACAAUCCCUGCCUUGGACGAAGCUUUGCAAUAUGCCCCCGACUGGAUUGCCGUCACAAAGCAGGACGUCGGCCUGGUCAAGGCAUACAAACGCUUCAAGGCCUGAGCGGACAGUCGUAAUACUUCCUUGACGGCUUCGAUGAAAUUGAUCUCACUAUCUUUGGUGGGUUUGUAGGAGCGGACGCGAGAGUCCAUGGCUAGGGCCGUACAUGGAGGCCACGAGCCCUUGGGAAGCUGGAAUAGUGUUUUGUUUCAUUGCGGUUGGCGACUUGACCUUUGUUCAUUGGACGGCGUUUUCGAGAGGUAUUUUUCCACUUUAGCAUGCGAUCAUGGGGUGGGGUACAGCAUAAUCACCGGUGGCUAGGCUGCGGACGGGUAACGAAAGCAUGCGUAAUAGGUAUCAAUUUCAAAGUAUCAUUCGAGAAA